GCAGUCGCUGCUGGGCGGCCGCCGGCGGGACUGGUCUGGGGAAGCGCGGGGACCAAGUGGCAGCGACUCGGACAUCUAAGCUGCCACUGCCGAAAACGGACCCGCAAGACAGGUAAUCGGUAUGCAUUUCCAAAGCUUUUGGCCAUGUCUGGCACUAAUGUUCAUCUCAAUUAAUGCAGAAUUUAUGGAUGAUGGUGUUGAGAUGGAAGAUUUUGAUGAAAACUCAGAAGAGAUUGAUGUUAAUGAAGGUGAACUCUCCUCAGAGAUUAAAUAUAAGACACCUCAACCUAAAGGAGAAGUAUAUUUUACAGAAACUUUUGAUAGUGGAAGGUUGGCUGGGUGGGUCUUAUCAAAAGCAAAGAAAGAUGAUACAGAUGCGGAGAUUUCUAUAUAUGAUGGAAGAUGGGAAAUAGAAGAAUUGAAAGAGAACCGAGUGCCUGGUGACAGAGGUCUGGUACUGAAAUCUAGAGCAAAGCAUCAUGCAAUAGCUGCUGUAUUAGCAAAACCCUUCAUUUUUGCUGAUAAACCCUUGAUCGUUCAAUAUGAAGUAAAUUUUCAAGAUGGUAUUGAUUGUGGAGGUGCAUACAUUAAACUCCUAGCAGACACUGAUGAUUUGAAUCUGGAAAACUUUUAUGAUAAAACAUCCUAUACCAUUAUGUUUGGACCAGAUAAAUGUGGAGAAGAUUAUAAACUUCAUUUUAUCUUCAGACAUAAACAUCCUAAAACUGGAGUUUUUGAAGAGAAACAUGCCAAACCUCCAGAUGUAGACCUUAAAAAGUUCUUUACAGACAGGAAGACUCAUCUUUAUACCCUUGUGAUGAAUCCAGAUGACACAUUUGAAGUAUUAAUUGAUCAAAUAGUUGUAAACCAAGGAAGCCUACUAGAAGAUGUGGUUCCUCCUAUCAAUCCUCCCAAAGAAAUUGAAGAUCCCAGUGAUAAAAAGCCUGAUGAAUGGGAUGAAAGAGCUAAAAUCCCUGAUCCUUCUGCUGUCAAACCAGAAGACUGGGAUGAAAGUGAACCUGCCCAAAUAGAAGAUUUAAGUGUUGUUAAACCUGAUGGCUGGCUUGAUGAUGAACCAAAAUUUAUUCCAGAUCCUAAUGCUGAAAAACCGGAUGACUGGAAUGAAGACAUGGAUGGAGAAUGGGAGGCACCUCGUAUUUCUAAUCCAGCAUGUCGAAUUGGGUGUGGUGAGUGGACACCUCCACUGAUAGAUAACCCCAAAUACAAAGGAGUGUGGAGACCACCGAUGAUAGAUAAUCCUAACUACCAGGGAAUCUGGAGUCCUCGAAAAAUUCCUAAUCCAGAUUAUUUUGAAGAUGAUCAUCCAUUUCUUCUGACUUCUUUCCGCGCUCUUGGUUUAGAGCUUUGGUCUAUGACCUCUGAUAUCUACUUUGAUAAUUUUAUUAUCUGUUCAGAAAAGGAAAUAGCAGAUCGCUGGGCUGCAGAUGGUUGGGGAGUGAAGAUAAUGGUAGCAAAUGCUAAUGAGCCUGGUAUAUUUAAACAGUUAAUGGCAGCUGCUGAAGAGCGCCCAUGGCUUUGGUUCGUUUAUUUUGUGACAGUAGGGCUUCCAAUAGCAUUAAUUGCUUCAUUUUGUUGGCCAAGAAAAGUCAAGAAAAAAUAUGAAGAUUCAGAGUAUAAAAAAACUGACAUAUGUAAACCACAAACAAAGGGAGCACUAGAGCAAGAAGUGAAGGAAAAGAAAGCUGCCUUGGAGAAACCAGUAGACUUGGAAGAAGAAAAAAAGCAAAGUGAUGGUGAAACUCUUGAAACUCCUGAGAAAGAAGAGGAAGGUGAACCUGGGGAAAAGAGUGAAGAAGAAAUUGAAAUCAUAGAAGGACAAGAAGAGGGUAAUAAAUCAAAUAAGUCUGGAUCAGAGGAUGAGAUGAAAGAAGCGGAUGAGAGCACUGGGUCUGGAGACGGGCCAGUGAAGUCCGUACGCAAGAGAAGAGUACGAAAGGAAUAAACUAUAUCCAAGUAUUUUUAAUUCCUGAGCGAGAUAUUUGGCAUUCUAACAUCAGUGUGCCAGAGCCGAACUUGAGUCAUUCUGUACGUUUCUAAUAUCUAGCAAUGUUAUUCUUCCGGACAUUUAUUUUAGUCUUUCUUUUCAGGGGAAAAAAACCACAAAACUUUGAAGUUACCUGGUCUUUGAAUUUAGAAUAAAAAAGAGUGGCACGUUACUUAUCGGAUUUAAGAGAUUAAUAUCAUUAGAAGUUACCAAGUUUUAAAAGUUGGAGAAAGUUUUGGUUUGUACAGAGCAAAAUUGGAAAAAUCAGUUACCGGAAUUUCCUCUUAAACAGCUAUAGGACGCUAUAACAGGUAGUUCUUUAAUAAGAAUGAGUCUGUGUUCUGUUGUACAGAGCUAAACACAAUAAAGUUUCUGUAUGGUUGUUUGAUUCUAUCCACAACUGAAAGUGUUGUAUGCGGCCCCCGUUUGCCUAGUUGUGUCAAAUUAGAGUCAGGGUCUGUUGCUCACUUAAAUUAUAGAUUCCUUUAAAGAGGUGCUUUAUUGACAAGUCAACAAAACAGCGCUGUCUUAAGUGUCAUUCAGAGAAUCACUGGCUAAUAGUGCAGCAUAUUUUACAUUUGAAUACAAAGAUAAUAGGUUCAUCAAAAUAUAAUGGUUACAGAUGCUUUCUAAGCUUUGGAAUUGUUUUAUGCUAGAAUGGCUUACCUAACUCUGGAGAUUGCUUUUGCAUACAUUGCUCUUGGAAAUAAAAUUUAAACAUUUUUUUUCUUUAAGUUACACCCUCUUUAAUAGGUAAAUUAUUGAGGGAGGAGCUUUAAUUUAUUUUCUUUUUUCUGGUCAUUAAGAGAUUCUAAUCGCAAGUAGAUAUCAGUCAUCAUGCUUUGUAUUUUUAUCUUGCUUUUUUUACUGUCAAAUUCAAACACAUUUUAAGUCUCUAGUUUUAAAGCUGCCUCUAAGGUAGAAAGUAGAUACUGCUCCUUUUUUUAUAAUAGUGACCAGAAAUCACGAACGACAUUAGAGCGGAGCUGUGUCAUUCCUUUUAAAAUAUUUUAAGAACUUUUUAUGUUUGGGUAACAGGUUAGGCCCUUUGGAAGGGGAUCCAAAUCUUUGAGACCACGGAACGACAUUAAUACUAUUGAGGGAACUUUGUACUAGUUGGGUAAUAUUUUUGGAUUUCUUCAUGUACAUAUACACCCCAACCUGGGCAAACUCCGUCCGACUCAGUUCUCACAUGGCCCACUCCCCAGUGGUACCGUUAGAGCACACGUAUGGGGAAAACGAGAUUUUCGCUUCUCUUUUUACUAAAGUUAAGCCAAACAGCCAGUAAUACUAUUCGCUCCUUAUCUCAGAGAGUGAAUUGAAAAUAAGUGCUUUAUUCUCAUUGCUGUGUACUGACUUUCAUAAACUGGUGGUGGAAGAAAAUCUUAAUCGUUAACCAUAUUUUGUGUUUAUUUAAUACUAACUGAACUUGACACAUCUUGCAAGGACUCCCUUUCUUGCUUUAUAAUUGGGACAUCCCAAUGAACUAGACAUACUGAGUGAUUCUAGAGGAAAAUGUUUCUGAAAGCAAGCUACUUAAGGAAAGAAAUCCUUGAUUUUUAUGGAAACCUUCUUGCCUGACAAGUGAUUUGUAUGGGAACAUUUUUUCCUAAAGAUUUAUAAAAGUUUUUUUUACUUUC